UUGUGUUGCUGUGGGUUUGUGGUGGACUCUUUACUGAUGUCCGGCAUGUUUCUGCACGGAUGUGGUUAGAUUUAGUUCGAAACAGGAAACACACAGGUUCAUUCUGCUCUCCCAUUAGUCCUUCAAAUGACUUUCUCAUCAGAAUGGAAGUGGACUGAGAGGCCUCGUUAAAGGACAUGAUUGAAGCCAAUAGCCAGCAAGGAGCUCUCCUUGCCAUCGUUUCCUUGGCCUGCCUUUGUUGUGUUUAUGCCCUUUGUAUGUGUUGUAAAAAGAAAUCUAUACAACAAGAGGACAACAUCCUGUAUGACCAAGACGUGUUCAAUCAUGAUCACAGCACAUAUGUUAAACGACCAGUUACGAAACCAAACCAGAUGUCUACAGAGAGUCUUUCUACCUCAAGGCUAUCGACAUCUAUGUUAAAUAGGACUCCAAAUAGUCACAGCCGUUAUCAGAACUUUCCAAAUCAUGGCAGCUUUGAACCGACAUACGUGGACCCAAUUCCAGAAAACCAUUAUGUAAACGAAGAUGACCCAGAUACAGAUCCAGGACCAUACGAGAAUGUAUUUCCAACACAAGUUAUUCAACAUGAUUCAGAUAGCUGUGAUUAUGAAAAUGCUGAAUUUCUGAAUAACAAAUCUGAUGAAGAUGAAUCAGAAUAUGUGAACGCUACCACAGAGUGACAAUGAACACUUUUUGUAUCACGGAAUGAAUGCUGCCAAAAAACAAGGUUGUAGCUGAAAUGAGACUCCAGCUGGGAUCAACUUAAAUAUUUGGAACACACUUAUAUGAUUUAAUACAUGUAUUUAGUAAUAGAAAGAGUUGGUUUCCAGCUUUCGAUCAUAUUUGUAUUUUGACACAAAUUUAACAAUAUCAUGGCUCUGUGUAGACACUUUCCAUCAAUAAAGAUUAAUACAUGUAAAAUUGCUGAAAUUAAAUGAACACUUAAUGUACACUAUUUACUUGAAAUUCAGAUUUUUUUGUGCCUGGCUGAAAUAUAACUGAAAUAUGACCUACAACAAGACAGUAGAAAAUAAGUAUUUUACUAAAGCAUUUAAUGUAUGGAGGCUGUAAAAGAGCUGUACCAUAAAAAUCAUGCAGAUAUUUUAUAUAGAUUGGAAAACUGAGUCAGAGGAGUAGCCUGCCACUCCCAUCACAUACAGAAUGAACCAAAAAGUUUGGGGAGGAAGUUUGAUUGGGGUAAACAUUAUAUAAGCACAAACCAAAAGGCCAAAACAAGCUCAUAUGGUUUCUAACUGUACAUUUGGUUGGGU